AUGAAGCCACCGAUCCUUGAGAAGAGGAGGUCCAUCCUCUACCUCUGCAUCCUCUCCGUCUCCCUCCUUCUGUUCUCCUGCUUCUCCCUCCUCCGGGCCGGCGGCGGAGCAGAUUCUCUCACUCCCCCCUCUGUUACUAAGAUAAUGGCCGUCAAUGAUAAUUCAUCCUCGGUGUUGGAUUGUGGGCUCCGCCAUAGAACCCUAGAGAUCGAGAGCAGCUCCGAUCUGAGAACCAGGAGGGAAUCCUGUGACCGGAAGGAUUUAAUGUUUCUCAGGGUUUACAUGUACGACCUCCCCCCGAGGUUUCAUUUCGGGAUGCUGGCCUGGGAGGGGAGGGAGGGGCAGCUCUGGCCGGACCUCUCCGGCGGCGGCGCCGUCCCGCGGUACCCCGGUGGGCUCAAUCUGCAGCACAGCGUGGAGUACUGGCUCACGUUGGACCUCCUUUCCUCCGGCGGUCGGUGCGCCGCCGCGGUGCGGGAGAUGAACUCCAGCGCCGCCGACGUGAUCUUCGUACCCUUCUUCUCGUCCCUGAGCUACAACCGCCAUUCCAAGCUCCGCGAGAAGGAAGGGGGGAGCGAGGACCAGCGCCUGCAAGACGAGCUGGUGGAGUUCCUGCUGCACCGGGAGGAGUGGCAGCGCUCCGGCGGGAGGGACCAUCUGAUCGUCUCCCACCACCCGAACAGCCUGGCCAGCGCGAAGCUGAAGCUCAGCGCCGCCAUGUUCGUCGUCGCCGACUUCGGCCGCUGCUCCGGCGACGUCUCCAACCUCGGCAAGGACAUCGUCGCCCCCUACCAGCACGUCGUCGACUCCGCCGCCGGCGAGUUGCCUCCCUUCGACUCCCGUGCCACCUUGAUCUACUUCCAGGGCGCUAUCCACCGGAAGAACGUGAGCUUCUUCUUCUUCUAGGUUUUCUUCUCCUCCUCCGGCGCUGAUUCUCGCUGAACCAGGGAGGCGCCGUGCGCGAGCAGCUCUACCAUCUGCUCAAGGACGAGGAGGACGUGCACUUUGCGUACGGGGCGGCGAGAGGCCUAGGGGUGAGGAGCGCCGCCAGGGGGAUGGCGACGGCGAAGUUCUGCCUCACCAUCGCCGGCGACACGCCGUCGUCGAACCGGCUGUUCGACGCCAUCGCCCGCCGCUGCGUGCCCGUCGUCAUCAGCAACGACCUCGAGCUCCCCUUCGAGGACGUCCUCGACUAUGCCGAGUUCUGCGUCUUCGUCCCGGCGGCGGACGCCCUCCGGAGGGGCUUCCUGGUGGAGCUCCUGCGCGGUUUCCGGCGAGGGGAAUGGCGGAGGAUGUGGGAGAAGCUGAACCAGGUAGCCGGCCACUUCGAGUACCAGUUCCCCUCGCAGAAGGACGGCGCCGUCCAGAUGAUCUGGGGGGCCGUGGCCCGGAAGCUGCCCUCUCUCCGGCUGGCCCUCCACCGGGAGAGCAGAUUCCGCCGGAGCUCCCGGCGGCGCCUCCAGAGCUCUCGGGAAGAUGCCAAGUUUUUCAGAGACGCCGCCGGCGAGGUGGGAGACGGGAGGAGGAUCGAGAAUUCCAGCGUGAGCUGA